AUGUCAACAACAGCUGCGGAGACAACGCAACUGGGUGUUAGCAAUCAGCUAGCAUCGUUAGUGCCGACCUUCGACCCAAGCCGUGAUGACUUGGUAACGUACCAACAGAAAGUUGAACUGGUGACGGCCGCAUGGCCAAAAUCGAAGUUGACAGAGUUGACGACACGUCUCAUACUCAACACCACUGGAUCUGCGUUUCAGAAGUUGCAAUUACAUCAAGCAGAGCUGCUGACAGGUGAGGAAUCCGCAAUCAAGAAGCUGAUCGAACUUCUGGGUGGACAAUGGGGACGAGUGCCUUUAGCCAAGAAGUAUGAGGAAGCUGAGAUUGCCCUGUUUCAUACCCAACAACAUGGGGAUGAAACAAACGAUUCCUACUUAGCUCGGGCUGAUGUGAAUUGGAGCAAGUUACUGGCACAGAAGACGACUCUGGCCGAUCUUCAGGCUUUCAUAACCUUAAGGGGUUCAAGUUUGACGGCAGAAGACAAGAAAAAGAUCAUCCUGGAGUCCGAGACAGAGGGCCAGUUAACUACCAAACGUGUUGCAGAAUCAAUCAGAAUGCUGGGGUCGGUGUUUUUCCAUGACAUCACCGGCAACAAGCGUACGGUCAAGUCCAAGGUGUAUGAUCAGACCACACUGGUGGCUGAAGCAUCGCAGGAUGGUGAUGAUCCUGAUCCAACAUUCCUUGCAGAGGACCAGAUGCAGGAGGACGAAGUGUUGGAGCUCCUUCUUCAGGAGGGGGAUAGUGAUGCGCUGCUAGUUCAUGAUUUCGAGAGUGCCUUGAGUGAAACUGUACAGGAAGACCCGGAGUUAGCGAGUGCAUACUCGGCGUACCAGAUUGCCAGGCACAAGCUGAAUGAAAAGGCCAGGAACAGAGGCUUUUUUCCCAGUCGACCGUUCCAGCCGUCCCAAUCCAAAGGAAAGGGGUACGGUGCUCGCAGUUCUUUCAAGGGCAAGGGCUUUUCCAGUUUCAGACCAAAAAGGUCGCUCCAAGAUAGGAUUUUGUCUAGCAAUUGCCGGGCCUGUGGCCAAAAGGGGCAUUGGAAGGCAGAAUGCCCUCUCCAACAGAACUCACAGAAUGCAGGAUCCAGCAGUUCGCAAGCUCCUACCGGAACCGUGGUGACCGAUGCCAAUUCUGAGACUGCCGAUAGCCUGCCCCUCGAAUUUCUGCAGCUGCCCAAGACCUGUGGAGCCAGCAUAGACGAAGACGUCGCCUUGUCUGAGCCCAAUGAAGCCCAGAUCGACUGUGACGCAUUUUUGCUUCGAAGCCCUAAGCUCAUGCAGCCAGUCCGCAUGGAACUCACCAACAAAGGCCUGUUUUUGAUUGACUUGAAUGAGCUGGCAAGAGCUUCCAAAAGCCCUAAAAGCCUUCAGCCAGCGGCGAAGUCUGCAGUUGAAACCUUCACCACGACCGCAUGUCAUGAUGAAAAUGCCACCGAAGCAGCAGAAGUCGCCAUGUCCUUGAGCCUGCGCCUGAACGGAAUUCAGUCCAAAGCCGAGCCAUCACCGAACGACUUGGCACAUCUGACCCUUCAGGAGUUGGAGAUCGAGACGGUGGACUUCGGCAAGAAGAACUGCGGACGCAGUUACCAGGAAGUCUGGUACGCGGAACUCAUGGUGCAGCACCACGAAGGGAACCAGAUGCCCGUGAUCGUCCAUCAGGGCCAAGGGUACGUGGGGGUUCUGGCCAUGCAGAAGGAGGCCGAGAUGUACAACUCCUUGACUAUGGUACCUGCCCCAGCGAGCCAGGAUCCGGAAUUCAUGGCCAUGAGAGAUCGCCUGAUGAAUCUGGAAAAUGCACUGACCAAAGUGGUCAAUCACCUGGAAACGCAGGAAAAGUUUCCUAGAUCUGCCUUGAGCAAGCCAACACCAAUGCAUGACAAGGAUGAGAAGAGGGCUGACGAAGUUCGCCCAACAGCACAGCCUAUCUUUCCGGUCUCCAAGCCAAUGACACCUGAACAGCCCAAAGAUGCCACCCAGAGCGCCAGUGUGAUGAUGUUGCCAAGAUGGGAACGGUUGAAACUCAUGCAGAUUCACAAGAACUUGGAACAUCCUUCUAAUGAGAGACUAGCAACAGCACUUCGAAAUUCUGGGCAGAGACCUGAGAUGGUACAGAUCGAGAGCCGACAAGUGUCAGCUGCUGAUGACACAGUACCUGCCAGCGAGUCCGAAAGUCAAGACUUUCAACUUCUCUGCGUGGAAGAAACCGAUGCCCUUUGCACCGAUGCAGAUCA